GUCGUGAUGCCACGACUCGCUGUUUCUUUCCAUCUCCAAGAGCGGAGGAACCUCCAGACUGUGUGCUAGCGGCAGUCUGGGAUCGGGCCUUCUCACAGCUGCAUUACUUCUUCCUUCGUCUGUGCUCGCGUCAACAGAAGCUAGAGCCACUGCUGAACCUGCCUCAGCCUACAAACCGAAAUUCAGCAGGAUCUCGCGAGAACGACGGCGUGGCUGGCUGGCGGUGGGGUUGCAGCAGGCAGGCAGAGGGAGAGAAGGCAGGCAGGCAGCAUCAUGGCGGACAGAGACAGUGGAAGCGAGCAAGGAGGAGCAGCUACGGGCCCGGGCGCCGGUUCCUUACACCCGGGGGCGGGAGGGGUGGGCUCGGCUUCCGGACUGCAGCACGAGACACAGGAGCUUGCUUCCAAGCGGGUCGACAUCCAGAACAAGCGCUUCUAUUUGGACGUGAAGCAGAAUGCAAAGGGCCGCUUCCUGAAGAUUGCCGAGGUCGGGGCCGGGGGCAACAAGAGCCGCCUCACACUCUCCAUGUCAGUAGCCGUGGAGUUUCGCGACUACCUGGGGGACUUUAUCGAGCACUAUGCCCAGCUCGGGCCUAGCAACCCGGACAUGGCCCAGGACGAGCCCAGACGGGCGCUAAAGAGUGAGUUUCUGGUGCGGGAGAACCGAAAAUACUAUAUGGAUCUCAAGGAAAACCAGAGAGGUCGGUUUCUGAGGAUUCGCCAGACCGUAAACCGGGGGCCCGGCUUAGGCUCCACGCAGGGCCAAACUAUCGCCCUCCCUGCACAGGGACUCAUUGAGUUUCGCGACGCCUUGGCAAAGCUGAUCGACGAUUAUGGGGUGGAGGAGGAGCCCGCUGAGUUGCCCGAGGGCACCUCCUUGACUGUGGAUAACAAGCGGUUCUUCUUCGAUGUGGGCUCCAAUAAGUAUGGGGUGUUCAUGAGAGUGAGCGAGGUGAAACCCACCUAUCGCAAUUCCAUCACUGUCCCCUAUAAAGUAUGGGCCAAAUUUGGGAACACUUUCUGUAAAUACUCCGAGGAGAUGAAGAAAAUCCAGGAGAAGCAGAAGGAGAAAAGGGCAUCUGAGCUCCAACAACAGCAAGAAGUCCAUGGGGAUGAUGGGGACGAAGAUUGAUAACUGUAGAAGAGCAAAAAUACAAAAAAUAACAAAAAGAGGAAAAUACAAAAAAUAAACGUUACUGUAAAAAAAGAGAGAAUAAACUGUAACUGUUUAACUCCAAGGGAGCACCACCCACCAAUCCUCCACAAACUGACAGUUAAGACUUGCUAGCACCCAUCGCUGGAUGUUGUCCACUUAUCCACCAUUUAAACAGUAAGCAGCUGCUAAAAACAAAGUAAUAACAUUAUAUAUGAACUGUGUUUCCUACUUGAUUAAAUGAUAAAAACUGAGUGUUUAUUUCCCUAAUUAACCGAGAACUUUUGUACACAUUCAAGCUAUUAUUAAAAAAGUGUUUGCAAUGGUCAGAUAAUAUUGCAGAAAUAUAUGAAAAAUGAGUCCUUUACAUGUGAGCUAACAUUUGACUUUAGCACAAAAAGAUAUUUUAAAACAUAUAAAAAUAAUAUUUUCAUUUUUUUCAUUUUCUUACCAAAUUUCAAACCAUAAGGAGGUUAUUAUAGUAUAUCUGACACCCUCUAUACCUGUGAUUAGAGAUGUGUAUAUAUAUAUAUAUAUAUAUGAGGGCUAGGCAUGCUGUGUGUCUGAGCUUUGUUUAAAUGUUAUGCAGAAGUCUGUAGAGUAAGGUACAUAGGUUAAUUCAUGCAAGGAAAAGUGCUCUCUUUUUAUACAAUAUGCAUUGCAUCUGGUCCUUAAACUUAUUUUAAAAAAAAAAAUCCGGAUAAAAGUACUGGUCAGUGGAACUUCUGUGAACAUGAAGAAAAUUAUUAAAAAGGCAUUUAAAUGAA